CAAGCAAAUAUUGCUCUCUCCCUUCACCCGCUUACCACGUUUCAAAUUUCAAAACCUCAACGGUCCAAUUUUUCCAAUAAGGCAAGUUCAAUCUACAUACAAACUCACUAACCAAAUCAAAAUCAAAUCCAUUUCACAAAAACCCUAUAACCUUUUUUCAUCACAAUCAUCACUCCCACCAUCAUCACCAUUUUAUUUAUGCUUUAUUCUAUCAUUGUUCUUGUUAUUAUCAUUCAUUGUUUCUGUAUUCAAAAAAGUUCAAACAUUCUUGUCAUUUGAAUUGAUGGAAGAUAAUAAUAAUAAUGAUAAAUGGCGUUACUAUGAUCAUGAUGACCCUCUUCUUCUUCUCACAGACGCUUCUUUUCAACAAGAAACUUCUCCCAAUCAGUUUUCAGAAACUCCACUGAGCUCGCAGAAUUCGGCUAUGGCGGUUGAUCCUCAAUCUCAUGGUGGCAGCCCAUGUUACGGAUUAUCUCCGAAAAUUGGAGGCUUUGCUAGGAACAGUGUGCGAUUUGAUGACCAAGUUGUGAAAAAUGCGGUUCAUGGAGGAUCUACAUUAGGGUUUUCUCUGGCUUCCCCAGAUAUGGUAAUCUGUGGUGGCUCACCUGAUAUUGGUGGAAUCAGCUAUGUUGAAUCUCCUGAGUUGUUGAAGAGAGAAAAUUAUAAGAAAUUGGAGUCAUCUAUGGAGCUUUCUCUAGAGAAUGGCAUCAAUGGGGCUGAAGUUGAAGUUUAUAAUGGCCAUAAGACCCCAACUGUUAAAUUCUCUAAUUUGUGUCAAACUUUUGAACCAGAGGAAGAGCUUCUACCCCCUCAAGCCUCCUUUGAGCUUCUUCCGCCGCCUGUGACCAAGGAUGAGUCUCCCCAAGCCUACCCUUCUAGAGAUAGUGAAGUGCUAGAAGAUGCUGAGCUGUCUCAGGAGGAAGAAUUGGAGCCCUUAGAAGAUGCCACGGAUAUUGGGGUGGAAGAGAAAUUUCAGAAGCUGAAAAGAGGGUUUGAGUGUCAGAGAAAGGAGCUGGCAGAAACUAGAAGAGAGUUGAGGGAGGUCAAGAGGGAGAAUGAACAUAAGAGUAAAGAAUGCCAAGAAGCUUGGAACUCCUUGAAAGAGCUUCAGAAUGAGCUAAUGCGCAAGUCAAUGCAUGUAGGAUCUUUGGCAUUUGCCAUUGAGGGGCAAGUGAAAGAGAAAAGCAGGUGGUUUUCAUCAAUGAGAGACUUGGUGAGGAAAUUGAAGAUUAUGAAAAUGGAACACAUAAAGCUAUUAGAGGAAGCAGAGGCAUACAAGAAAUUUGAAGCAGAUAUAAAUCAAAUGGGGCUAUUCAUCAAGAACCAAAUUAAUGAACAAUUGGAGUCACAUGAAGAUCUCAAGUCAAAAUAUAUUGAAGGGGCUAAGGAGCGGAAAGAGCUCUACAAUAAGGUUUUGGAGUUGAGAGGAAACAUAAGGGUCUUCUGCCGGUGUAGGCCGCUCAAUGCAGAAGAGAUAAAAGCAGGAGCCUCAAUGGCCUUAGAUUUUGAUUCUGCCAAAGAUGGUGAGCUUACUGUAAUGUCAAAUGGAGCUCCCAGAAAGAAUUUUAAGUUUGAUGCUGUCUUUGGUCCUCAAGCUGAACAAGCCGAUAUUUUUGAAGACACUGCACCAUUUGCAACCUCAGUUUUAGAUGGGUACAAUGUAUGCAUUUUUGCAUAUGGACAGACGGGGACAGGAAAAACUUUCACAAUGGAGGGCACAGAAGAGGCUCGUGGAGUUAAUUUUAGGACUCUUGAGAAAAUGUUUGACAUAAUCCACGAGAGAAAGACACUUUACCGUUAUGAUAUCUCUGUAAGUGUCUUAGAGGUGUACAAUGAGCAGAUAAGAGAUUUACUGGUUUCAGGAAAUCAGCCAGGAAUGGCUGCAAGAAGAUUGGAAAUAAGACAAGCUGGUGAAGGAAUGCAUCACAUUCCGGGGCUGGUUGAGGCACAAGUGAACAAUAUGACUGAAGUCUGGGAAGUCCUACAAACUGGUAGCAAUGCAAGGGCUGUAAGUUCAACCAAUGCCAACGAGCACAGCAGCCGAUCCCACUGCAUUCACUGUGUUAUGGUUAAGGGGGAGAAUUUGUUGAAUGGGGAACACACAAGGAGCAAGAUGUGGCUGGUGGACCUAGCGGGCAGUGAGCGAGUUGCAAAGACAGAAGUGCUCGGCGAUAGACUGAAGGAGACGCAGAAUAUUAAUCGGUCUCUGUCUGCACUUGGUGAUGUCAUAUCAGCUCUUGCAACUAAAAGUUCACACAUCCCUUUCAGGAACUCCAAGCUUACUCAUUUGCUGCAAGACUCAUUAGGAGGAGAUUCAAAGGCACUCAUGUUUGUCCAGAUUAGUCCUAAUGAAAAUGAUUUGAGUGAGACAAUUUGCUCUCUGAACUUUGCUAGUCGAGUAAGGGGAAUAGAGUUAGGCCCUGCAAAAAAGCACAAACAAGAGAUGGCUGAGAAAACCAAACAAGAGGUGAAGCUGAAGGAUUUCCAAAUCAAGAAGAUGGAAGAAGCAAUCCAUGGAUUAGAGUCCAAGAUGAAAGAAAGAGAUACUAAAAACAAAAACCUGCAAGACAAGGUCAGGGAACUGGAAUCACAGCUUCUGAUUGAAAGAAAGCUAGCGCGUCAACAUGUAGACUCAAAGAUAGCUGAGCAGCAUCAAAUGAAACAUCAAGAAGAGCAGAACAACGCACUUAUGAGACCAGUACUUGCAAACCGACCUGUAGGAAAUCUCAAGAGUUUCAAUGAUCCAGCUAGACCACUCAUGGAGAACAACAUCUUAAAACCUAUUAUACCCUUUUCUACAAUGGAGAGCUCCACCAAGUACAUUGAUCACACUGAGAAAGAAAACAAUCCUGACAUGGCCGAAAAAGGGCUACUUCCGAAAAGGACCGGAAGAGCCUCUAUCUGCACAAUGACACCGCGCGUUCCUUCAGCCACUGCUUUAAGGCGCAACUCCCUGAUUCCUCUCCCUAGCUUAACACAGUUUCCAACACCAUUGUUACCCAAGUUAACAAAACAAGCUGAUCAAAAAGAUGUCAAUGGGGAAUCAGAAUCCAGCUGUUUGCCUGCACAGACUCACUGUGAGAGUCCCAAAGAAGUAAGAAUUGGUGUUAAGAAGAUGAGUGGCACACAAAGAAGAAGCCUGAAUAAGAAAAUGCAGGUAAAGUCUCCACUGCAACACUUGAGAAAGGUUGGUGUAGGAGUGGAGAAAGUUAGAGUUUCCAUUGGAAGUAGAGGGAAACUGGGGCAAAGGGUGCAACCCGGAAGUGGUAGAAGAGGUGGAGCUAAAGAGCAAAAGAAUGCUCAGAAGGAGAAGGAGAGGGGAUGGAUAUGAAACCUGAGUUGAUGUAGAUUUUUUUAUUUUCUUUGUUUUGCUAUGUGUGGAUAGAUUAAAUUGAUUUCUUGUGUGACACCCUCUCUCAAGGAAUAUGAAAAAUUACAUGUUUUUCAUGUUGAAAAUGUUAAAUAGUACGGAAACUCGUUUUGUUAAGGUUCUAUGAAAUGAGACGCGGUGCAACAAUCU